AGAGGGAGGUGAGCACACGGGCGUGUCGUGUCGUGUGUGCAGCCCCAGCCCCCUCUCCAUCCCGUUCAGCCUGCCCACCGCGAGGACCUGCAGUCCCCCGCCAUCCCCCAGUAGCGAGGCUCCGCUGUCUGCAGGCUGGCGGCUUCUCCCGGGACUUCUCGCUCCGGAACAUGGCUGCGCUGCCCGCUCUCCGGCUGCUGCUGUGCUGCUCGCUGUGGGCGAGGAGCGGGGCCAGCUUUCCCGCGGAGCCGCCGGAGGGCUCGGCCCCUUUGCCGGAGUCCCCUUUGCAGAAGCCCACCGUCUUCAUCGCCAUCCUCGCCAGGAACGCUGCCCACGCGCUGCCCCACUGCCUCGGCUGCCUCGAGCGGCUGCGCUACCCCAAGAGCCGGCUGGCCAUCUGGGCAGCCACUGACCAUAACGUUGAUAACACCACAGAGAUCCUCAGAGAGUGGCUGAAGAAUGUGCAAAAACUGUAUCAUUAUGUGGAGUGGAGGCCUAUGGAGGAGCCUCAGUCUUACCCCGAUGAAAUUGGGCCAAAACACUGGCCGAGCUCCAGGUUUACCCAUGUGAUGAAACUCAGGCAGGCAGCUCUGCGAACUGCAAGAGAAAAGUGGUCAGACUACAUCAUGUUUGUAGACGCAGAUAACUUGCUCACCAAUCCAGAGACCCUGAACCUGAUGAUAGCAGAGAACAAGACCGUGGUGGCACCAAUGCUGGAGUCUCGCUCUCUCUAUUCUAAUUUCUGGUGUGGUAUCACCCCUCAGGGCUAUUACAGAAAGACACCGGAUUAUGCCCCGAUCAGGGAAUGGAAGAGGUUGGGCUGUUUUGCUGUCCCGAUGGUUCACUCCACAUUCCUCAUUGACCUGAGGAAAGAGGCCUCAGACAAGCUGAUGUUUUACCCCCCACACCAGGACUACACCUGGACCUUUGAUGACAUCAUUGUCUUUGCCUUCUCAAGCCGCCAGGCAGGCAUUCAAAUGUACAUCUGCAACAGAGAACGCUAUGGCUUCCUCCCAGUGCCACUGAAAUUGCACCAGACACUACAGGAAGACGUGGAGAACUUCAUUCACGUGACAAUCGAGGCAAUGAUUGAUCAUCCUCCAUUCGAGCCCUCGCAAUACAUCUCCAUUCCCCCAAAACACCCAGACAAGAUGGGAUUUGAUGAGAUUUUCAUGAUCAACCUGAAGCGUCGAAAAGACAGGCGGGAUCGAAUGCUGCGGACGCUCUAUGAGCAGGAGAUUGCAGUCAAGAUAGUAGAAGCUGUGGAUGGCAAGGCAUUGAAUACAAGUCAGCUGAAAGCGCUGAAUAUUGAUAUGCUACCUGGUUACCAGGAUCCUUACUCUUCCAGGCCACUAACCAGGGGGGAAAUUGGCUGCUUUCUUAGCCACUAUUCUAUCUGGAAAGAGGUGGUGAACAGAGAGCUGGAGAAGACUCUCGUUAUCGAAGACGACGUGCGCUUUGAGCAUCAGUUUAAGAGGAAGCUCAUGAAACUGAUGGACGAUAUAGAGCAAGUCCAGCUAGACUGGGAGCUCAUCUACAUUGGUCGGAAAAGGAUGCAGGUGCAGCGCCCUGAGAAGGCAGUUCCUAACGUAAUGAACCUUGUGGAAGCAGAUUACUCUUAUUGGACCCUGGGGUAUGCAAUCUCCUUUGAAGGGGCUCAGAAACUAAUUGGGGCCGAACCUUUUAGCAAGAUGCUGCCUGUGGAUGAAUUCCUGCCGAUCAUGUACAACAAGCACCCUGUAGAGAAGUACAAGGAGUACUAUGAGUCCAGAGACUUGAAAGCCUUCUCAGCAGAGCCCUUGCUUAUUUAUCCGACCCAUUACACAGGGCAGCCGGGUUAUCUCAGUGACACAGAGACAUCCACAAUCUGGGACAAUGAGACCAUGUCGACUGACUGGGACAGAGCCCAUUCCUGGAAGUCCCGGCAACAGGGCCAGAUCCACAGCGAUGCCCAGAACAAAGAUGCCUUGGCCCCCCAGCCAUCUCUCGAUGCAUCGUCGUCGAGGGACGAGCUAUGACUGCCCCCCUUGCUAAGUGACUCUGACAACAACAGUGGAACCUGCCUCACAAUUUAGCUUUCACCUAGAAGCUUCUAGAGACGUCAAUGUGCUCUCCUUCUCGCCGUCUUUAGCGGCAAAGCAAAUUGAUUGGAUCCGACUGACUUAACCUAACCAAUCUUUAUUUUUUUGGGAAAGGGAGUGGGGGGAGGGGCUUGAACCAGAACAUUCCAGAUUGGCAGAAAAACAGAGACUUCUAAAAAGCGUAUCGUAAACUCCAGUCCAUUCUCACAAGGGUUCGUAACUUUGAAACCUCUGUGGAGUGGCGAGCUGGCUCCAUGGCGCACUGAGUUGACACUAGUAAUUACAAAAUUUCCUUGAAUGACGUCUUUCUACAGUUCCUGGUGUAGAAUACUGUAUUUAUAAAGAUUAAUAUAUAUAGGGGUUCUGAGGUGGACACGUGUAAGUCCUUUCCAGAUAGUUGUCACUGUGCUGCUGCAUAACAUUAACUGUUGUUGAUUUGUGUUUUUUAACCCCAUUCUCUGAGAGAAUGUGUGUGUGUGUGUGUGUGUGUGUGUGUGUGUGUGUGUGUGUGUGU